CACUGCGAGUGUAACCCGAUCAGUUUAGUUUGGAGAGUAAGGAUCAGAAGUUGCAGACAUGAAGGUUAUUGCAAUUAUUUUCCUGGUGCAUUAUGUCAUUUUCACAGAUGCUGGAAAAGGAGCCAGCAAAUACUGCAAGACAGCUGACGCAAAGUUGGAUGAACUCAAGGAAAUGAUUGAGAAUUUGAAAUGUCCUUGCCCAGAGCCGCCUCCAGAACCACCCAUGUCUUGCAAAUACGGCUUUGAAGACGGGGCAAAAGCGAACAAGGAUUACAUGCUCCAGGUGGACGAAUUCACGAAACUGCCCGUUUAUUGUAACAUGGAUGGCGCUGGUCUCGGCGACUGUGGAGGUGGAGGAUGGACGCUGGUCAUGAAGAUUGAUGGCGCAAAGUCCACAUUCAAAUAUGACUCACCUUUCUGGAGCGACAAGAAAGAAUACGAACCCUCAAACGGGAGAAAUUUGGACGACGGAGAGACCAAGUUGCCAACCUAUUGGAGCACCUCCUUUACAAAGAUCUUGAUAGCAGUGCUAGAGUGCAUGGACAGUGAGAAUUUGAUGAAUUUUUCGCCUUUUUCUCCAUCACAGAAUACAGUCAUCAGUGAAGCCUCCCUACAGCAAAAAUGCAACAAAGAAGGCUUCAACGUCGUGAGCGAUGUGCCAAAUUUUUCGAAAGCACGAAUUGGUAUCGUGGGCAACAAUGAAAACGCUUGCACGACCAGUGAUUCCCGAAUCGGAUUUGGUACCGCUGGAUAUCCAGACGAUACCAAUUCAUGUGGCAACGAGGCCAAGCACGGUGGAGAUAAAGGCGACAAAUCCACCGAAGCCAUGGGAUACAUCUUUGUUCAGUAGAAACAGUGGAACUUCAAGCAUUGGGGGCUGGGCUAAGGUACUUGCUGCUAAACAUAGUUUUAGUACAUGCAGACUAAAAAGUGUUAUUGGUGUAAAAAAGUAAUAAUUAAAAAUGGAUUAUUGGG